CAGACAUGGGCGACCAGUAUGAUAUGUUUACUGCCUAGCCUAUAUGUAUUUCAUUCAAGAGAACUUCCCAAAAGGAAGUGCCUGUAAUUCAAAAACCUUGAUAAGAUUUUAUGAAUGAAAGUGCAAACUAUGAAUACUUCAAUUCAAAAAGGAUAUUUGAGUUGUUAACAGGCAGUCACAGAUUUUCAAAGUUACAAAAAGGAAAUUUACACCAGAUGUAACAGCAAGAGCUUUAACAUGGAGUACCCCUCAAUUUGUUCCAUAAUAGGAACCCUCAUCCUAGUCUACAUCAUUUCUCCUAUACAGUGCAAUCAAAAGAUCUACCUGACUCGAUGUACAGAUGGUGCAGUUCGUUACGAGGGCUACAGAUCAGGGACAAUCGUUUCCCAACAACGUGGGUUAAACUAUACAACAGGAAUAGACUGUAAAGUUAUAAUUGGUGUACCUGAAGGGUAUUAUAUAAGACUGAGAUUCUCGAAGUUUGAAGUACAAGAACCACAAGAUGGCAAUUGUCUCGACUUUGUCAGAGUUUUUGAAGGUCAGACAACCCAGUGGAAGCCAUUAUCUUCUAAACUAUGUGGCAAUAUAAUGCCCCCUGCUAUUAUGAGCAGCAGCAACUAUGUGACAAUCUGGUGGAAGACAGACAACACUCAGGGGAACUCAUUGCCAGGGUGGCAGGUUGAGUUUAAAAGAAGGAGAGGAUACACAGUUGAAAGAAGACACUGUCUCCACUGCAAUAGCUCUGAUGAGACAUCAAGCUGUUUCGCAAAUACCACAACUGUAAAAUCCAUGAAAUGUCCUGCUGGAAAGCCCCACUGUUACAGCUUAGCCAGAUACAUCAACAAUACGGGAGAAUUUCUGGGGGUAGAGCGGGGGUGUUUUAGUAAUGAUGGGGAUAUUAUUUGUCCCCAAGAUUCGCACUGUUCACAUUAUCGUUGCAAUGCAGAUGAUUGUAAUACAUCAGACUUUGAAUUCCUUACACCACCAAAACUAAGAUAUAUCCCCCUGUACAGGGGUUUCUUAAGGAUAUUCUAUGCAUUGGAUAUAGUGUGUAAAAGUUUAAUAACACUCUUGUUUGGAGUACAAUUUUAGUGUGAAGUCCUGUCAAAUGGAUACUAUCAAUGGAUACUAUCGUUAAAAGUAGACAUCAGGCUGGUUUUUUUACUAGAGACAAUCAUAAUAUGUGUUUAAGUGUAUAAAACACUAAAAGUAUACAAAUAUACACCAAAGUCAAAUGGCAAAGUGCAAAAGUAUGCCCCUCA